AUGUCCUUCUUCCAGCGUCUUGUGUCUUAUGUAAUUAAUGACGUGGCUGUCAAGGCUCUUUCGAAUUCACGUGUGUUUCAGCGAUUAGCACUCAAGACGCACUAUCACAUUGAGGAUGCAAAGACAGUGGCAUCUACAAGCGCCGACGUAUUGAAGAACUCGUUGGAGAAUUAUGCACCCAAGAUUAAGGAGUUUGGCGACGUAUUUCGAGAGGAAUUGGCCCGAGACAUGAAGAAAAUGAAGUGA